UAACUAUAGCGGCAGCGCUUUAAACUUUCAGCAGGGAGGCGAAAGUUUGUUGUGGGACACGUGCAAAUGAGAGGAAAGCUGGAGCGAUGUUCCCCCGGCUUGGCUGAUUGCCCUGUAUUCUGAGUCUCCCCCAACCGUCCCUCUCAUAUACACACACGUAUUCCCACCUUGAAAGAAAUGGUCAGUGGAAAUGGGACUGUGCCUGGGAUCCGAGAGUACUGCCGAGGAGCGACAGGCCCGGCUCCGCAGUGAGAAGAUUGACCGUGUCCUCUGCGAAUGUGCCAAGCAGGAGCAGAACGUGGUGAAAAUUCUGCUGCUGGGUGCGGCGGAGAGUGGGAAGAGUACGUUGGUAAAACAAAUGAAGAUUAUUCAUAGUCAUGGUUUCACUGAAGAAGAACUUAUAAGUUUCAAGCCCGCUGUCCUGGACAAUCUCCUCAGUUCAAUGAAGUUUGUGCUCCAAGGGAUGGGAAUCCUGAGGAUUAAUCUGGCCAACCCCAAGAAUACUAUCCACGCUCAGACAGUGCUGUCCUGUGGUCGCUGUUUCGAUGAGGAUUAUGCCCUCUUCCCGUUCAUGUCCCAUGCCCUUCGCUUCCUGUGGGCAGACCAGGGGGUCAAACUGGCUGCAUCGCGAGGCUACGAGUUUGAGCUGAACGACUCCGCGCAUUACUUUUUUAUGAACAUUAAUCGAAUCACUUCACCAGAAUACAAGCCAACACAAACGGAUUUGCUGAGGGUUCGGCUACGGACGACAGGUGUCAUUGAAACUCAGUUCAAGAUCAAUAACUUGGUAAUCCGGCUGUAUGAUGUUGGAGGCCAGCGGACAGAGCGGAGGAAGUGGAUUGGCUGCUUUGAGGACAUGAGGGCGGUGUUGUUUGUGGCAGCGUUAAGCGGGUAUGACAUGAACCUUUUGGAGGAGCCAACAGUGAACCGCUUGCAGGAGAGUUUGAGACUGUUUUCUUCCAUCUGCAACAACAUAUUCUUCAGGAAUACCUCCAUGAUCUUAUUCCUGAACAAAAUUGACCUGUUCCAAGAAAAGAUUUUGCACUCGGGGAGACAUCUCCGGCUGUACUUUGCACAUUAUCGAGGUGCUGAUUGUGAUGUGGAUUCUGCUGCUCGCUUUGUUGCCAGUCAGUUCCUGUCUCUCAACAGGAACCCAGCGAAGCUGAUCUACCACCAUUUCACAACGGCCACCGACACGUCCAACAUCCAAGUUGUCUUCCAGGUCGUCAUGGACACCAUCAUAAAGGAAAACCUGCAAGCGGUCUCUCUGCUAUAAUCUUUGGGUGCAGUGGG